ACAUAAAUAAUAGUAAAGCAUUAAAUACAUAUAUCACAAAAUAAAAUAGGAAUACUCAGAAGUUUAAUUGCUACUAAAUAAUUAGAUACAUUAUUUUACUGUAACUAACAAUAUAAUUAAGACAAUACAACCAAUGGCCAAAAAACAAUAAUAUUCAAUGGAUUUAAUAUUUUCGAAAAAUAUAAUACCACAGUAAAAUUUGCUCGCUUUAAUAGCCAGACAAAUAUCGACACGUGAUGUUUCUUCAUAAUGUAGAUGAAAUGUAUGAUCCUUUGACCAUCACUACAAUUAUGAUGAUAUACAGUGUAAUAAAUUCAGUCAUGUGUAAACAGCAGGAUAAGUGGAGUGAGAUUUCUUACGACAUAAAGAAUUUUCUGGCACGUAGGGUGCAGUCGCCACCUAUGGCCAAUAAUUUUUUUUUUAUUUGUAAAUAGUUUAAUUUUAUAGUUUGAUUAUAGCUAUGGUUAUUGUUGUAUUCAUCUACAUCAAUUUAUUAACUGGGUAAUUACAAUUAUUACAAAAACAGUUGAAAAUACUGUAAAAAUAUUUUCCAAUAUUUUCGUUAUCACUUUUUCAUGUAUUUCUUAUCAAAAUCUUUAAGAAUUUAAAAUAUGUGAGCAUUGGGAAUUUUGUGUUGGAAUCAUCACUAUAUAUUUGUUCCUGUACCAUCAAGUUGUUAAAAUGACACCAACUAAAAAAAAAUCCGUAAACACCAUUCCAAAAAGGUUUUUAUAUUCACCUUCAAAAGUAAAAUUAGCAUUAAAGGCUAUUAUUGAUGGGAUGAGUACAAGUAAAGCUAGUUAGAUGUACUAUGUUCCUAGGACAACGCUGAGGAAUAAGUGUAGUGGAAAAUCACCAGAACUCUCAAUUGGCCAUAGUGGAACAAUUUCAGUUUUAGGUGAAGAAAUGGAAACAAUGUUGGUUCAGUGAAUUUUUUUUUAUGCAAAGAUGGGUUUUCCAGUAGGUCGUGAAGGUCCUAUCAUCAGUAAAAAAAACUUGUGGAUGAGGCAAAUAUUAAAACAUCUAUUACAUACAAUCGUCCAGGAAAAAAGUGGUUUUAUGGUUUCUUAAACAAGCAUAAAAUAUUUUCUCAAAAACAUUCAGAGUAUGUGAACUGAGGUAGGGGAUCAGUCACUGAAACCAAAAUUAAAAACUGGUUCAAAGAAAUUUAUGAACUAUUAGGUGAAGAUGCUGGUAUUUUAGAAGAUUCAAAUCAAAUUUUUAAUAUGGAUAACAAUAUGAAUAACAUGCUUCAACUUAGCACCUAAAGGGAAACUGAUUCAGUUUAAUGAAACCAAUAAUUGGAGCACGUAGGCAAAAUGUAUAUGAUGAGCAUACCAACUCAGACAAAGAAAAUGUCACAACUUUAUUUGGUACAAAUGCAAUAGGUAAAUGGGCCCCUAUCCUUACAAUAUUUAAAUGUGAGAGAAUUCCAGCAGCUCUUGUCAAAAUUGAACCACCUGGUUGGGGCAUUGGAGAAUCAGAAACAGGUUGGAUGACAGGGGAAACAUUCUUUGAAUACAUAACAAACAUAUUUCUACCAUUUCUAAAUGAAGCUAAUAUUAAAAGACCAGUUAUUGUUUUUUUAGAUAGCCACAAAUCUCAUUUGAGCUUACAUCUGAGUAAAUUUUGUCAAGAACAUGGAUUAAUACUGAUUUCAUUAAAUUCCAACUCCACACAUAUACUACAACCUCUAGAGAUUGCUAUAUUUGGCCCUCUUAAAGGUAGAUGGAAAAGAAUAGUAAAACAGUGGCGACUCGAUAAUGAAAAAGAAAUCACAAAAUCAGAUAUACCUCAAGCCUUAUCACAAAUAAUAAAUGAUGCUGGAAUGGAAAAGAAUAUUCAGUCUGGCUUUCAUGUAAUUAGUUUAUAUCCUUUUAAUGCUGAUGAUAGUGUUGAUUACAAUAAAAUCAUUGUAAGAACUAAUCCAAUACACGAAACUACAAAAAAUAUUGGUGAUAUAAAAUCACACCUAACAUUUAUUGAAAAUAACAUAAAUAAAUUUGAUGUUGAUCUUGUAACAAAAUUCAAAAGAACAUACAGAGGAAAGUAUGAAUGGGAUGGAAAAGUAAAAGCACUUUAUGGUCAUCAUUUUUUGAAAACAUAAAUGACAUAAAUAAACAAGAAAAUAAGUCUAACUGAUAAUACUGCUGCAGUGUUUUCACAAGUAUCAACAGCAUCAACAUUAGAAUAUAGAAAUGACACUUUAAACUCAGAAAUGUAGUUGAGUAUACCAUUAACCAGCAAAGCAGAAGAGACACCAUCAUUUAGUAGAGAGCCACCAAAUAUACUAACAUGUCCAGCGAAAAGAUCAUUAGCAACAGUAUUUAAUGAUGUUAUUAAGCGGCCAGAACAAUAGUAAUCAAAAUCAAGCCAAAAAAGGAGUACACUCCAAGUGUAAUUACUUCUAAAAAGUUGAUUGAGUUUCAUGAUUUAAAAGCUUGUGAAAAAUUAGAGAAAAAAAACAAAAAGAGGAAAGAAAACUAGCAACACUGGAAAGAAGAAAAUAAGCCAAAAUAAAAAAAAUUGAGAAGGCAGAAAUUAAAGCCAAAAAAUGAAACUUAAAGUUAUCAAAUCAGACACAGAAAACAGUCAAAAAUGAGCUGGGAUUCUAAAGUUGAUUUCAGUGAUGAUGAAAUUUUAACACAGCCAAUAUGUAAAGACCUACUUCCCAAAAUAAGCAAUUUGCAACAAGACCUUAAAUCUGGUGACUACGUACUGAUCAAAUUUAAGCCUGUAGGAAAAAAAAACUGUUAUAAAUAUGUGGCAACAGUUGUUAAGGUAAUUUCUAAAACUGAAGUAGAGGUACAAUACUUUGAAGCCUCUGAUGAAGAAAAUACCGAAUUUGCAUUAGUUAAAGGUGAUAUAUCUGUUUUAGAUUUAGCAUCUAAAUUUUAGAUGAUUCAGUUACAAAUUGCCAUUGUCAGUUACGUUUUAAGAACAGACAAUAUCUUUUUGAUUUCCCUGGUGUUGUUGAUGUGUACGAAAAAUUUAAGUAAAACUGAAGACAACAUUAUGUUCCUAUAAUAUGCAAUAAUGCAAUAUAUUCCUAUUAUCCCUUUCACGACUAACAUAAACAUUUGUGUAGGUUAGCGUGUGUCUAAUUAAAAACGAAUAUAAAAUCAUACAAUUUUAAGAAACCAACCACACAUUAGUGUAGGUUCGUUAAUACCAAUUACUAAAAUCAAUUAAUCAGGCAGGACUAAAGAUAGUAUAGAUUUAUAUACACAAUUGUGUGUGCUAGUUGUAAAACAUAUUAAAACAUUAAAACAAAAAUUAAGGCUGUCGUGAAAGGGAUAUAAUAUCCUAGUUUAAAAUUGUUAUCAUUCAAUUUUUUAGUU